AUGGAGCCCAUCGGAACAAACAUCCACCUCCACAUUCCACCCACACCCCCAACAUCGCUUAUAAUCCUGUGCACUUGGCUCGGCGGCGCAUCGCCCCGACGCAUAGCCAAAUACACCGAUGGCUAUGCCAGCCAUUUCCCCAGCGCCGCAAUCCUGCUAAUCACCACCACUCUGUCCGAUAUCACGCUUCGCUCGUUCAGUGCGAUCCGGGACCGUCUGGCUCCUGCGCGGGAGAAAAUCGCCCAGUUCAUCCAUCCCAGCUCCGACCCUGGCUCCGGCUCACCCAUUCCAGUCCUGCUGCAUAUUUUCUCCCAUGGUGGGAGUAACACAGCGACUCAGCUCGUUCAAUCAAUCAAAGCACACGAUCCCGCUGCACAUAGAGCCUUCAUCUCGGCCCUGAAACUGGUUAUAUUCGACUGCUGCCCAGGAGACAGCUCGCUUCUACGAAGUUACAAUGCUGCCGCUGUCUCCUUGCCUUCACCGACUGAACAGCCCAUCGCGCAUUUCUUGGGAAAGUCCGUGCUCUACCCGGCCAUUGGGACGAUUUCGGCCUUGCAGGCGGUGGGUGCGAUGCGCAGUGUCGAGGAUUUAAGGACGGAGUUGAAUGAUCCCGGUUUAUUUGGUGCGUCUGCGCGACGGUUUUAUCUGUAUUCGCGGGAGGAUGAGAUGGUGCGAUGGCAGGAUGUGGAGCGGCAUCUGCAUGAAGGGCGGGAGAAGGGGUUUGUGGCUGAAGGGGUUCGGUUUGAGACCGGACCGCACUGUGCGCUUGCCAUGGUUGAUGAGGAUCGGUAUUGGACUUCGGUUCAGCGGGCGUGGGAGGGGAAAAUACUUAGUCGCUUGUAA